AUGCUAUCAAAUCAAUAUUAUUCAUCCCUCGUUCAACUAUUCUUUCAACUAUUCUGCUUUGAUAGCAUAUGGAACACGCCAAAAGUAAGCUUGUUAAAGAGUAGAACAAGUGCUAAUAAAACAUUAUUGAGUGGAAAAGAAGAGAAGAAGCAUGAGUGCACGUGGACAAGUCUCCCAGAUGAUAUCAUGGAACUGAUUAUGAAGCGUCUGUGCCUCAAAGAUUUCCUUGGAUUGCGUGAAAUAUGCACCCCCUGGAGGGAUACCGUUGCUAAUGCCAUUGCAAACAAGCAUUGCCACCCAUUGCCUGAACUGCCAGUAAUUGUCCUCUUCAAAUAUCAGGAAUCAUCCACAGUUUUCAGCUUGCGGACAGAAAGUCUAGUUUAUCCCAAAAGACCACUAUUUGAGAAAUUGCAGAUUCUAGGCUCAGUGGAAGGAUGGAUGAUUGUGAGUGAAUAUUGUAAAGUUAGUAGUCGUAGUGUAACCAUUUUCUUCAUUAAUCCAGUAACUAAUGCUAGAGUCUUUGUCCCAUCAGUGUUAAAUUUCCCAACCAACUCUCCCCUUCCAGCUGCUAAUAAGAAGUUGAUUCAAAAAAUGGUAGCUUCCUCCAAACCCGAUUGCUUGGAUUGUUUUUUGGUUUGUCUCUUCUGUGACGAAUGUCACAUUAGAUUUUGUAGACUUUCUGACAAAUCAUGGACUACAAUUGAAGCGGAUAAGGAUGCAGGGGUUCAUUUUAUGGAUGUGGAAAUUAUUGAUACGAAAUUGUAUGCUAGAACUUUCAAUUCCAUAUUGGUUUGGGAUUUGCAAGAUUCGAGUGAUUACCCCUCAAAGCCUAAAGUAUUAGCUAUGCUUCCACCAAGGCCACCAUUAGUAUUAACUGUAACCGGUAACCAACGUUUUGUCAGGGGUAAAGUCCUCACCUGCCUAGCCAAAGAUGAUGCAUCAGGAGAUUUAUUCCUCAUUCACAGGUUCUGUAACUUAGCUUAUGAAACACAAAAUGUUGGGUAUUUGAACACGAUCACUAAAUUUGUUACCCCGCCUGAGAUGACCAGAGUUGAAGUAUUCAAGUUGAACACAAUUAGUACUGAAACUAAUAAUCAGUGGAUCAAGGUUGAUAAUAUGGGUGACUGCGUGUUGUUUGUUAGCCAUUUCAAGUGCAUGGUAAUGUCAAGGGCUGCCCUUAAUAGUUCUGAAGAGUUAAUUAAAGAAAAUAGUAUUUAUUUUGCUUUUAGUUAUCCAUGUGCUGGAGACACAUGGGCGGGCAUUCAAUUGGGGAUGAUUUGCUUGACUGAUAACAACAUCAAAUAUUUUACUCUUGAGAAAUCAAGUCCUCGCCCUUUUCCUUUUUGGUUUGUACCAAGUGUUUGA